CGAGUCGCGUGCUGUGCGCGCUCGGAGCGCGGCUGUGCGGACUGAGAGUCGCUGUUCCUCCCGACAGCAGCAGAGGGAAACGUUGGACUCCUUUUCCCUCCGCCUCAGACAAUAAAAACAAGGCGAAGCCCCCGCACAGACGGCAGCAUCUCCAUUCAGAGCCCGGCAUCCGCGCUGUGUGCGAGCAGUGAGCGGCUCUCAGACGGCCGGGAGGACAUGGACACAAGGCCGCCGAGCUGGGACUAGAGAUGUAGCUGCAAGGAUGCCGGACAACUGCAUCUGUCGUCUGCUCCUGUUCGCGUCGAUCUGCGCGGUUUGGGAGGCGCUGGCCAAAUCUCUUCCAGAUCAGGGAGCAUUUGAGGUGCAAAUAAAAGUCCAGGUGUUCGACAACAGCGACCUGUCACCGUUGGCGGACGCUCAGGUCAAAGUCCACGGCAAUCAGACCAUCUUGGCGUCCAGCAAGGCCGGCAGCGAUGGCGUCCUGAGAGUCAGUUUCCUGUACCGCACAGGAACGUGGGUCAUCAUCACAGCCUCCAAACAGGACUACGUCACCAACUCUGUGCCCUGGCACUCCAGCCGCAUCCCCUUGUACGCAUCAGUCAGUUUGUACCUCCUCGUUCAGAGGCCAGGAACUCUUAUUCUGUACGAUGACGUCCUGCAGGUGUUGUCUGGGUCACCAGGAGCUCGUAACCAGCCGCUGGUGCAGCUCCAGAGGAAGUCCCUUCAGCUGCCGCCCAACUCCAACUACACGGCGCUGUCUGCUGCGCUGACCACAGCCAGGACUCAGUACGAGAUCGGAGGUUUCCCGUUUCUCCUGGGCCAGGAGAGCAACAGCUCAGGUGCAGAAACGGGAUGGACAGACUUGACAGCUUUGGCUGUGGUCAGCAUUCAGCUGUUUGACAAAGAUGGCAGUGCAAUCCAGGUCUCAGAUCCAAUCCACAUCUCUGUGCCACUGCCAUCCGACACCCGCAACAGGAUGGCCACAAGUGUACCUGCUUGGCUGUAUCAGCCUAAGACGGGACUGUGGGUCAGGAACGGGACGGGCUACAUCAAAAAGGACGGCCCACAGUUUGUCUGGAACGUCGUGGUCCCUCAGAUGGGAUACUGGUUAGCCGCUUUCCCUUCAUCUUCAGGAUUGGGUUUGUCUCAUCCAGGCUUGAGGGACAUCACCACUUACCACACCCUGUUCCUGCUUUCCAUCCUGGGCUCGCUGGCCCUGCUGGUUCUCAUCCUGCUCUGUGUGCUGCUCUACUACUGCAGGCGAAAGUGUUUAAAACCUCGUCGGCAGCAAGGGAAACCCCUCACAUCCAAUCUAAACGGUGCUAAGAGAGACCAGGGUACAUCCACUUCACGCCUAAAUCUGAUCUGUGGAGGCCAUGGUGAGUCUGGCCCCUCUAAUGACAAAUCUGACAUGUCCCCAUCUCGAGACUACCAGAGUUCAAGGGAGGACUUAACCAAGCAUGUUCCAGCUCACAUGCUGCGACACGCGAAGGGUAAAAAUGCAUCAGGUCCGCAGCGGGGUGAAAGCUUCCCCAUGAAGGUCACACGUGCCACAGAGACCAACAACCUGGACAACCCUUUGCUGCAUGAAGACUACAACCGAAGCUACAGCCCCAUGGAGGGCAAAGAGUCUGAAUAUCUCCGACACCACAAUGCCAACGACAAUCGAGGAUAUUCCUCUGAUCCCCCAUCCCCGCCUCGCUUCCAGGGCUACGUGCCAAGCCAGUCUGACAAACCUCCUGAAUAUUCAGCAGCAGCUGCGGACAGUCUUGCCAGACCCACUUCCCUCAACACCCAACCAGGUCAGAUCAUCUUUUGCAGCUCCAUUGACCAGAUGAAAGACAACAUGUACCGGAGCAUGGUGCCAACCCUGGUCAUCCCAGCUCACUAUAUGCGCCUGCCCUCAGAGUUUUCUGGUAAAGAUGGCAAAGAUCAGAAAGAUCAAGACAAGGAUGGUACACAGAUGGGAGGGGGCCAGCAGCAUCAUCACCACCAUUCCCAGAAACAAGGCCAACAGCAGCAAGGUGGAUCCCAAGGCGACGACUCUGAGGAGCCGAGCUGGGCGUCCGACUCCUCUGGUGGACCUGUGACCAUCCCUGUGCUCUUCAACGAUUCCACCAUGGCUCAGAUGAACGGGGAACUGCAGGCUUUGACUGAGAAGAAGCUACUGGAGCUGGGUGUCAAACAGCACCCGAGGGCGUGGUUCAUCUCCCUGGAUGGACGUGCUAAUGCUCAUGUGCGCCACUCCUACAUAGAUGUUGGGAAUGAUCUGAGUGGUGGAGGCGGAGGUGGCAGUGGAUUCCUAGGUGGUCCCAGCAGCACAGCCCGAGACGUCAACCUUGAACCACCUCUGGAGGCCCAAGAACGCAAGUCAGCAGCCAACCGGAAGGGAAAAGAUGAGCGCUGGGGAACAGGAGGACGGAAGGGGCACGUUGUUAGUGGUGGUGGGAAGAGUUACUCCAAGCUGGCCUACCCUGACCACAGCGAGCCCAGCAGCAGCGAAGGACGCCCCGUCUCACCCGAGGAGAACUCCCUCACACCUCUUCUUGAUGAGGGUCCAUCCUCGCGAGGAUCCACCAUCCCGAGAAGAGGACGCAGCCGAGUGAAUAGCAGCCGCAGCAGCAACAGCGAGAACCGCCGCGACUCGAUGACCAGCCCCGAGGACGAUCCCGACGACAAAGACGAGAACAAGAAGAGCCCCUGGCAGAAGAUUGAAGACAGGCCUCUGAUGGUCUUCCACCCCAGGAAGUGAGCUUUUCGAACUUACUGAGCACUGGACCUUCUAAUAAUCUUCAAAGGGGAAGCUUCCCACAUCAAACAUGGAAGGAAAGUGGUGGUUUCGCAGAGAGAGAUCACAAUAAGCACAACCAUGCUUCGCUGGUCCAUUAUCAGGUUGUUGUUUGACCUUUGUGUUCCUGGUGAGGUGCUUUUGCACUUUCUGAUUGCUCUCGUAGUCUCACUGUCAGUCAGUCUUACUGGUUUCCACUGAGAUGAUCUAUUGUAUCCAGAAACCUGUCCAGUUUAUUGUGAACUCUGUCACCUAUCACAUCACUGAACCAUCGUCUGAGCCAUUGCAUACACUGACUGUGGAAAUAGCCAUUUUGUAGAGCAAAAUAUAAGAAUAAAGCACUUACUAACAAUUUGAUAAUUGAUUGAUUGAUACCUACCAAGUAUUUGGAAGAGGAUGACAUUUUUUAGGGGACUGAUGGGUGUUUAGGCGAAUUAGAUUUCUUUCCUUGGACUUGGACCAUACAAAGGCUGAUAUUGAUGGUAGAAAAUGUGCACCUGUGACUCUGAUUGAUUAUUACUGAUUAUACUGAUUACUGAUUAAGUUUUUCUUUAAAGCAAAACAGUUUCCCAAAGCUUGAAUAUGUUGGGAAGUUUAACAGAUUUCUCUCAAGCCCCUGUGAACGGAUAAUGCAACCUAUGAAGUCCAAUGUGCAACUUGCAUUUUGCUCCUUCAGGGAUGUUCUGGAUUUCCUCUUCCUCCUGUGCUGUGUUCAUGUGUUCAGAUUACUUAUUGAAAUAGCAAUGAUUUAAAAUGUUGAGCAUCAUCUUCGAGUCUGUCAUCCUCCCCCUCAUUAAUUUAUCGCAGUGAUCUGAAAUUCUGCCAAAAUUUUGUAUUUCAGCCUUUCUCCUGUUGUUGACAAAGACGCUUUCUGUUGUGUAAAUAGAAUCCCAGACAUUUGAAAGACCGUUUGGUAUGGAAAGGUUGCAUGCAUACAGUAUGAAUGUAUGAAAUAAACUGAAGGCACCCAAAGCCCCCCACAGUUCUCCUGUGUAGACAACCCCAAAUCGCCUAGAAACGUGGGUAAGUCUAAACAGAUGCGGCUGAGCAAAAACAUCUCUUUACUUGAAGACUUACCUCUUUAGUAUUCUACUAAGAUCUACUGGGGUUGUUUGUAGACAGGGCCAGUACCACUCCUCUCCUGUAAGUGCCUUCUUUCACAGAGGAUCGAGUGAUAGGCAUGCAGGUCCCUUUUUAAUGCAGUUAGAUGUCACCUAAACUCAGCUGUCGAGAGGGGCAGUCACGAAUAAGCACACUGCAUUGUGGUAAGAACAACACGCGUCACUCUGGGGAGCAUGCCUGCCAAAACCGGGACUUUUCUUGCGGCUAACGUGUCCUUGAAUAUCUUAAUUUCUUGUAUCUAUCCUCUUUUUUCACCAAACUUGUAAAUGGUAUGAUGAACUAUAUGAGAUUUUAUGUGUAUACGAUGUGCAUGUAACAUGUAGAAUAGGGUGUUUUUAACGAAACCUUUUUUGAAACGAUCCAGGAUGUUUGGCACAAAAUGUGAUGCACUGACGCAUUGAGUUGUGUUGCCAAACGAACUUGGUUACAUGAAGAUACACUGACUUUUCCCUUAAUCCAGACCUAACAAAAUUCACUUCCGGUCGUAAAUGUUUACAACAAUAACAUACUGACCAACACGCUCACGCUGUUACUAGUAUCACCACUGCCUAUGACGCAUCAGCAACUGUGAACUUAAUUCUUUCAUCUAGCAGAUCCGUGAAAGCUCACCAGUUUAGAAAGCUCGGAGAGGGUAAUGUUUCUUGUUUUUGCAAAGUAACAGGUUGAUUAUGAAGUGAAAAAUCUUGAAGGCUGUACAAAAAUCAUGCUGGCUUGUUGGUCCUUUUCACCAUUUGCUUGCUGUUCAUACGCCCGUGUCAGUAGCCUACAGUGCAAACUGAAAAUGUGAUGUAAUUCAAAGUCUGAAGAACCGUGAAACGAUUCCUACUGACCUGUCGUGUCCUCUGCUGUAAAUGUACGUUUUUUGGACCAGAUAGACAAUUAUUAUGGGUUGUGCAUUCGUGGCUUUCCUUGCUUGUUUUUCUUUUACAUGAGAAAAUCUGUUUUUUCCUGGUAGAUUUUGUGAACUUGUGUUUGGACACCAAGUAUUUAGUCACAGCUGGACACGUUAAACCCGGUGAACUGCUUUGCUGGAUUUUUGAUUUUGAGUACAAUACGUGUGAAGGUGAGGAGGAUUGAACUGUAGGCCAUCAUUCUGUGCCGUAAAUCAUUUAAUUGCUUCAUAAACCUGGUCAGUUGUUUGUAAACUGUAAAUUGAUUCUUUCUGUACAUGAGACAAAAUAGAAAUAAAUUUGUUCCCACGGUC